GCAGUGCUCCUUGACCAGCAACUCCACCAUGCCUAGCCUCGAGUUGAAGACGAACGUCCCUUUGGCCGACCCAAAGUCUUUCUUGCUGGAAUUCUCCAGCUAUGCGUCGAAGACUCUUGGCAAGCCUGAGUUGUACAUCUCAGUGAGCUAUCACUUCAACGAGAACCUCACGUUCAAUGGCUCGUUCGAGCCUGCCUUCCUCAUGACGGUCACGAGUCUGGACAAUCUCCAGCCGGAACGCAACGUGGUGUAUAGCAAGGCUUUCUUUGACUUCUUUGAGUCGAAGUUGGGCAUUCAGAACGAUCGUGGUUACAUCACGUUCUUGGACCCUGGUAGGACGCAUCUUGGACAUAAGGCCACUACCUUCAAAGCCAUCUUCGGGUAGAUGCCUCGGGCGAUAGUCGAGAAAGCGAGAAGAAGACUGGCGGCCUUUCACGCUCGAAACCCGUGCGAUAUUGUACCAUUACCUAGAGGCGAAGACCGAGAAGAAUUGUGAAACGUACCCACCAUAACGGACAGUCAACUAGUCACUGCUCGAUGCUUUUGUGAACUCGCUCACGCGAUCGGCGUCGGUGAAAGUGCAUGCACCGCGCAAGAACCAGUAAACUAAAGUGAUAACGAAUAGAACAUGGAGUCCGCUGUAAUUUGCGAAGUGGAUGUUUUUUUCGUUCUAAUGUAGCCCGUGUGCUCGAGCACGGCUCACGAGUUCGAAUCGAGACAUAGUGAGAUUUGACAUGAUUACGGUAGCGAUGAAAG